AUGACGGGCCUCCUCUCACUCCAAAUGUUCCAAUCGCGACCCUUGUUGGCUGAGGUGGGACAAGAGCGUACCCGAUUAUGGGUGCAUUCGGCAAUUCUAGAGCGCUUUCCAACCCUGUUAAUGUUGGAGUUAGACGCUUCCCCAAAUUUGCAAGACGAACGAUGUCUCCUUCUAGAACACAUUGACCCAGAUAUCUUUGGUUGGUGCUGCGAGUAUGCCUACACAGGGAACUACACGUUCAUUUUUUCACCAGGCCGGGAAUCGACACAAAAACAAUCAAUUCGUCUGCAAAACUUCGGAUUUGACGGUCCAUUUGCUGUUGUGAUCCCUCCGUAUCAGAUCGAGAGACUUCACCGUUCUGACUUGGCCAAUCUUACCGACCAUUCUCGUAUCCAUUCCUUUGCAAGCAAGUACCAGUGGGAGCAGUUACGUCUGCUUUCUGUCAAGAAACUCCGGGAUUCUAUUUUAAACCUACGUUUCCCCAAUCGUCGUACCAAUGAACUGCUCCGGUAUUUUAUGGAAGAGGCUAGAUCACAAGUUCCUCUGGAAGAGACACCCUCUUGA